CCUGCUGGCCGCCAAGACCUUGGAGCUUCCUUAGAGCGCCAAGGUGGGGUCGUUGAACGACCCCAAGAAGGAAGUCGAUUUUCUCAUAAACUAUAAAACCGGGAACUGUCGGGUCACUACCUUUAGACUCCUUAUAUAGUCCUCUUGCCCCUUGCAUCACAAAUUCGCCACCCGGAAACACGCAGAAGAAGAUAUUAGGGAUGUUGGGACGACACUUUCCCGCCCAACAAUACCAUUUGAUUUUUAACAGUGUAUCUUUCCAACUGUCAUUCGGUACACAUAACCUUAUACUUUUGCAUACCUUGUUUUUCACCUCAUGUUAGAUCUCAUUGAAUUACAAUAAAAAUCUGAAUUAUCCUGUAUCAAAGUGGUCCCAUUAUCAUUCAUCUUAUCCGUGUGGCUCGCGAAGAGGCUGGGAUAGCCUUUAUUUAAUCUUUUCACCCUCAUUCUAUCAGGUGAGCCACAACAACUGGCGACGAGCGUGGUGGAACAUUCAUCUCGUGCAUAUCCACCGGACCACGCCAACGUGUGAAUAGCUCCGUAUCAAGCAAAACGCCUUUCCGGACAUCAGCCAAUUCAAGUUCCCGGAACGCAAAAUUUUUUUUUUGCUUUGAAUUAUGGCGGAGCUACAGGCAAUUUUGAAGGUGCUCGAGAGCUCCCAAAAGCAGCUUGCAUAUCAACAAUAGCAAAUUGCUCUUCUUCAGGGACAAAAUCAACUCGGUGGACGCGAAAGUCUCGUGGACACACUGGCAUCCACGUGCACUGUGUUUACCUUCGAUCCCGAGCACGGAGUCACUUUCGAGGAUUGGUUUCGACGCCAUGAAGACAUCAUCAACGUUGAUGGCGCCGCUCUUGACGAUGCCGCGAAAGUUCGGCUCCUCCUCCGCAAAUUGGAUGCCACAUCAUUUUCGCGGUACUCCAAAUUCAUCUUGCCAAAAUGCACACGAGACAUUAAUUUCGCAGACACGGUGAAAAUUCUCAAAGACAUUUUUGCUGCGCCAACGUCAAUCUUCACGAAGAGGUGGAAAUGCCUCCAAGUGGAAAUCCUAGAGUCUGAGGACUUCAUUGACUACAUGGGUCGCGUGAAUCAGAUGUGUGAGGAUUUUCAAUUCAAUACUCUCACACUUGACACUUUCAAAUCUCUGAUUUUCGUUUUGGGACUCAAAAAUUCACGCUUCUCGGAGAUUCGGACGCGAUUGCUCCAUCUCCUCGAGACCAAGACUGACGGAAUUACACUGGGUUUUCUCCUCGAAGAAGCUAAGCGUCUCAGCAAUCUCAAAAAGGACUCUCAGCUGGUCGAAUCAUCGGAGAAAUCUCAACCCACCAAAGAGGUCAAGGCCGUGAAGAAGACCCCCAAACCCAAACCCAAACAGUCAAACAAACCCCCUUCUGGUCAAGCACCUCCCAAAGACGCCCCCAAGGAUAAACCACGUACACCUUGCUGGCUUUGCGGAAGCAUGCAUUUUUCUCGUGAUUGCACAUUCAAGCAGCACAAGUGCAAAUCCUGCGGUACUGUCGGUCACAAGGAUGGGUACUGUAGCAGUGCGGGAAAGGCCAAGAAGGCCCCUCAGUCUUCUACAAAAUCCAAUGUUGUACACAUUGUCAAUUGCACCUCAAGUGAGACACGUCGUUUUGUGGAUGUCAAAAUCAACAAUCAUGCCGUCUCUCUCCAGUAUGAUUCUGCCAGCGAUUUGACGAUCAUUUCAAGCAAAUUGUGGAAACGCAUUGGAUCUCCUGCUCUUUCACCAUCUCAGCUCAAAGUGAAAGAUGCUCAGCUCAAUCGCAUGAAAAUUCUCGGCGAAUUUUUCUGUGACAUUGUUCUCAAUGGUGCUACUCAGAAUGGAAGAUGUGUCGUCACUUCAGCCAAUUGUGAUCUUUUUGGGAUUGAAUGGAUCCAGCUGUUCAAUUUGUGGUCGCAACCUGCUGAUGCAUUUUGUCGUUACGUUGAUGCUACUCCACUCAAGCUCAACAAAGACAAAAUUAUCCAGCAAUUCAAGGAUGAAUUUCAAUCAGUCUUCGACACAGGUUUGGGACUUUGCACAAAAGCUUCAGCAUCAUUUCAGCUCGUUGAGGGUGCAAAGCCAAUCUUCAGACCAAAACGUCCAGUUCCCUAUCAUGUCUUGGAUCAAGUGGAACAGGAAUUGGAUCGUCUUCAGCAGGCAGGCAUCAUUGUGCCAGUGACAUCAUCUGAGUGGGCAGUGCCAAUUGUGGUGGCAAGAAAAGCCAAUGGCUCCGUGAGAAUCUGCGGCGAUUAUUCCACGGGAUUGAAUGAUCUUCUGGUCUCAAACAUGUAUCCAAUCCCUACGCCUGAUGACAUUUUCCAGAAGCUCGCAUCCGGAAAGAUCUUCAGCAACAUUGAUCUGUCUGACGCGUACUUGCAGAUCCCCGUAGAUGAGGACGCGCAGAAACUCUUGACCAUCCACACCCAUAGAGGCCUAUUCAAUUUCACACGCCUCGCCCCUGGAGUUUCAGUCGCACCAGGAAUUUUUCAAAGCAUUGUCGAACGCAUGCUUGCGGGCAUCGACAAUGUUGCAGUCUACUUCGACGACAUUUGUGUUGCGGGUUCGGACAUCACCUCACACAUCAACACAGUCAAGAAAGUUCUCCAGCGCAUCCAGGAGUAUGGCUUUCACAUCAAGCUGGAAAAGUGCAACUUCUUUCAUUCACAAGUCAAGUACUUGGGCCACAUUCUUGACUCACAAGGUGUUCGACCUGAUCCAGAGAAAAUCGCAGCAAUCAGAGAGAUGCCUGCACCUCAAAAUCAAUCUGAAUUGCGAUCUUUUCUCGGGGCUAUCAAUUACUACUGCAAAUUCGUCAAAUCAAUGAGCAGUCUCCGAGCACCCUUUGACAAUCUUCUGCGUGAUAACACACCAUGGGAAUGGGGAGCAGAGUGUCAGGCAAAUUUCCUCAAAUUCAAAGAGAUUUUGUCAUCAAAUCUUCUACUCACUCACUACGACCCCAACCUCCCAAUUUCAAUCGCUGCAGAUGCCUCAAACAAUGGGAUUGGAGCUUGCAUCUAUCAUACAUUCCCUGAUGGUUCAGAGAAAGUGAUUCAGCACGUCUCUCGUACACUCACGAGUGCCGAACAAGGGUACUCUCAAACAGAGAAAGAGGGUCUGGCCUUGGUUUUCGGCGUAAAGAAGUUUCACCGCUACGUGUUUGGCCGAAAAUUCACCCUCUACACAGAUCACAAAGCUCUCCUGACCAUUUUCGGAUCAAAAAAGGGAAUCCCAGUGCAUUCGGCCAAUAGGCUUCAGCGAUGGGCACUAAUUUUGUUGUCCUACAAUUUUGACAUCAAAUACUUCAAUACAACUUCAUUUGGACAUGCCGAUGUUCUUUCACGGCUCAUCAGCAAUCAUCCACGACCAGAUGAAGAUUACGUCAUCGCGUGCCUCGAGAUCGAAGACGAUGUUGCUUACACACUGGAUGAUGGAUUCAAUAGGUUGCCUCUGACAUACCAGAAGGUAGCUGCAGCCACCCUCAAAUGUUCUACCCUCCAAGCAGUCAAGAACUUUGUGAUCAAUGGAUGGCCAGCAUCAAAGUCUCAUAUCCAGAACCCAGAAGUGCAAUCGUUCUAUCAGUACAGAGAGUCUCUCACAGUCAUCAAAGAUUGUUUGGUCUACAGGGAGCGAUUGGUGGUUCCCCACAUCUUCAGGAAAAAGGUACUUCACUCACUUCACGAAGCACAUCCUGGUCAGCAGAGAAUGCUCGCACUAGCUCGUAGUUUUGUGUUCUGGCCUGGCAUUGACGGUCAGAUCCGUAACGUCGUUCGUGAGUGUGAGGAUUGUGCUCUGGCAUCCAAGGCGCCCACCAAAUCCCCCAUCAGCCCAUGGCCAAAAUCCAGCAAACCAUGGCAAAGGAUCCACAUCGACUUUGCUCAAUGGAAGGAUGAGAAUUUUCUUCUGAUCAUUGAUUCGUUCUCAAAAUGGCCUGAAAUAAUCCGAAUGAAGUCAACCACAGCUGAGGCCACAAUCAACGUUCUCUCGGACAUUUUCUCUCGAUUUGGGAAUCCAGAAUUGAUUGUCAGUGACAAUGGCACUCAAUUUACUUCUGGACUUUUCAAACAAUUCUGCCAAUCGAGGGGCAUUCGACAUGAACGCUGCAGUCCGUACCACCCCCAGUCAAAUGGGCAAGUGGAACGAUUUGUGGACACGCUCAAGCGAUCUCUGCGCAAAAUGGAGAAUGAAGGAACGCUCUCAACCAACCUCUGCAGAUUCCUUCAGUAUUAUCGGUCAACACCGAAUCCAAAUUCUCCAAAUGGGCUGUCCCCAGCAGAAAACUUCAUCGGAAGGCCAAUGCGCACAAGUCUCUCACUUUUGAUUCCUCAAAAGGGGGAGCAGCAUGUACAAGAAACCGAGCUGCCCAGAGUUUUCAAGCCUCACGAUAAGGUGUAUGCCAAGUACUACACCGUCAAUCAUUCAUUUUGGGUACCUGGCGAAGUGCUUGAGAAGAUUGGGGCAGUGAACUACAAUGUUCUCGUGGAGCUGAGAAACGGACGAUCAAGACUAAUCCGCUCUCACGUGAACCAAAUGAAGAAGCGCUAUGCGGACUCAUCAACGCAAGAUUGUGUUAUCCCCUUCGACCUUUUGCAUGAGGACUCUCCAUCACCAUCAGCUGACGAUGACGCCAUGGAUGUUGAUUUGGAUGCUACAAGACCAGUGGAGAUUCGAAGAAAUUGGCGACAGCCUACCAGGAGCACGCCGCCGCAGCUUCGCCCCAGACCAACCAGGCCAACUAGGCGCUUCCAAUAAAAAAAAAAAAAGGGAGCAGUGUUGGGACGACACUUUCCCGCCCAACAAUACCAUUUGAUUUUUAACAGUGUAUCUUUCCAACUGUCAUUCGGUACACAUAACCUUAUACUUUUGCAUACCUUGUUUUUCACCUCAUGUUAGAUCUCAUUGAAUUACAAUAAAAAUCUGAAUUAUCCUGUAUCAAAGUGGUCCCAUUAUCAUUCAUCUUAUCCGUGUGGCUCGCGAAGAGGCUGGGAUAGCCUUUAUUUAAUCUUUUCACCCUCAUUCUAUCAGGUGAGCC